AUGAUGUGCGUGGCGUCAUACUACAUUCUGCUGCGGCUCCUGCUGUUUGUGCCGGCCGGCGUGCUCAACCGGCGCCUCGCCGCGUUCUGGGGGCGCUUCUGGAGCCGCGCCUGCCUCUUGGCGCUCGGCUUCGUGCGCAUCAGCAGAGUGCGCGAGGAGCGGCGCUCCCCCAAGCUCGGCGACAGGCCGCGGUGGCAGGUGGCGAUCGUUUCCAAUCACAUUGGGUGGGCCGACAUCCUCAUACACAUGUCGCGCAACCUACCGAGCUUUGUCGCUCGGGACGGCACGCAGGACAUUCGAAUGAUUGGGCUCAUCAGUCGCCGCAUCGAGUGCAUCUACGUGGACCGGGAAAAGAGGAACGGAUCAACGGGCGGCGCCAGCGCCGGGGUCGGGGAGCAGGUGCGCCAGCGCAUGCUGCACAGCUGGGCGCACCCGGAGGAGGAGCACCGGCCGAUGCUGCUGUUUCCAGAGGGGACGACCAGCAACGGCACGUCCCUGCUGCCGUUCAAGACGGGGGCGUUCCUGGCGGGGGUGCCGGUGCAGCCGGUCAUUAUCAAGUAUGGCGAGGGGCCCGUGUCGCCUGCCUGGGAGAGCAUCAGCGCCCUGCGCCACAUGCUGCUGAUGCUUACGACGCCGUUCCACUCUGUGACGUGCUACGAGCAGCAGCAGCAGCAGCAGCAGCAGCAAAAGCAGCAGCAACACCAGCAGCAGCACCAGCAGCACCAGGAGCACCUGCAGCAGCGCCAGCAGCUGCGACUGCAUCGUCAGUGUCAGCCGCAGCGGCGGCAGUCGCCCGAAGACGAGCAGAAAGACCCAAAGCUGUAUGCCGCAAAUGUGCGGCAGUACAUGCUGCGGUACAGCGGUCUGAAGCCAUCGGACGCCACUCUGGAGGACAAGCGGCGGUACCAAGCAGACCUGCGGCAGCGGCUGGCGGAGGCUGCUGGCAGCCAGGGGGGCGGCAGCAGGGGCGGCGGCGACGGCGGCAGCGGCAUGGCGGGCAAGACCGCGGAAAGCUGA